AUGUACAGCCCCUACCCAACGGCCGGCUCUGGUAGUGGGCUCAGUGCCCUGGGGCUGCCUGGUAGCGGGACUGGAGUCCGGGCACAGGUCUACCUCUGCAACCGCCCUCUAUGGCUCAAAUUUCACCGACACCAGACCGAGAUGAUCAUCACCAAACAGGGCAGGAGGAUGUUCCCCUUCCUCAGCUUCAACAUCACCGGCUUAAAUCCGACAGCUCAUUAUAACGUGUUUGUGGAGGUGGUUCUGGCCGAUCCUAACCAUUGGCGAUUCCAAGGCGGCAAAUGGGUGACCUGCGGCAAGGCGGACAAUAAUAUGCAAGGUAAUAAGGUGUAUGUGCACCCCGAGUCCCCCAACACUGGAGCACACUGGAUGAGGCAGGAGAUCUCCUUCGGGAAGCUGAAGCUGACAAAUAACAAGGGAGCCAAUAAUAACAACACUCAGAUGAUUGUCCUCCAGUCUCUGCAUAAGUACCAGCCACGUCUGCACAUUGUGGAAGUCAGUGAAGAUGGAGUGGAGGACCUCAAUGACUCUGCCAAGACUCAGACCUUCACCUUCCCAGAGACUCAGUUCAUUGCUGUCACAGCAUACCAGAAUACAGAUAUCACUCAACUGAAAAUUGACCACAACCCAUUUGCAAAAGGCUUCAGAGACAACUAUGACUCCAUGUACACGGCAUCAGAAAAUGACCGAUUAACUCCAUCUCCUGCGGAUUCUCCUAGAUCCCACCAGAUAGUGCCCGGUGCCCGCUACAGUGUCCAGCCCUUCUUCCAGGAGCAAUUUGUCAACAACCUGCCCCCUGCAAGGUACUACAGUGGAGAGAGGACUGUACCCCAGACCAAUGGUCUUCUUUCACCCCAGGCUAAUGAAGAAGUGGCCAACGCUCCCCCCCAGAGGUGGUUUGUGACCCCUGUCCAACAAGCUGCAGCCAACAAACUGGACAUGGGCCCUUAUGAUACAGACUAUUCUUCUAGUUCUCUUCUCACCUAUGGCAUUAAGUCUCUGCAGUUGUUGACCUCUCAUCCCAUGGCAUACUAUCCGGAUGCGGCCUUUGCUUCCAUGACAGGAUGGAGCAGCAGAAGUUCUCCAUAUCAAAGGAAAAUGGCAACUGGUUUACCUUGGUCUUCCAGGUCAAGCCCCUCAGGUUUCUCUGAAGACCUUCUACCUAAAGACAAGGUCAAAGAAGAGUUGAACUCAUCAUGGGUGGAGACACCUCCUUCCAUUAAAUCUUUAGACUCAAACGACUCUGGUGUCUACACAGGAGCCUGCAAGCGAAGACGGCUUUCACCUAGCACUUCAAGCAAUGAAAACUCCCCUCCCAUUAAAUGUGAGGACAUUGCGAAUGAAGACUUUAAAGAUGCCUCCAAAGGCCUAGGCUAUUAUUCCUUCUACUCUAGUUCUUAA